CUAGACCAUUUAAUAGAGGCCCUCGUCCAGCGACAGACCCAAGUCCAAGUCCACUUCCAGUCUUAAGACCAAGUCCAUUCAGCAGUUUCCAGAUCCCCGUCAUUAUGGCAAUUAAGUUGGUAGCCCUUUUGGCCAUCGGCCUGGCAAUUUUGGCCGUCUGCGAAGCUCGUCACGUGGGUGGACACCGCAGGCAGCACUACGAGCAGCGGGCUCUGAUUUCUAAGCCUCACAGCGGACCCCAGGGUCGCGUUUUCCCCGGUGCCGUGGCCAUUAAGAAGCUGGUUCUGCUGAAGUUCAAGAAGAUCGUGCCCAUUUCCCUGAUCCUGCUGAAGUCGAGUAACGAGAACGAGGCGGAGCUGGUGCCCGUCUAUCCCACCGAUCAGAUCCCAGAGAAUGUUCAGUUCAUCCCGACGCCCAAUGGAAUCUCGGGUCACAAGGAUGUCCAGGCCAUCGCCAUUCCCGCCGAGCUGCACGAUCAGCUGCAAAUCAACGGCCUGUCUAACCUGGAGAACAUCGAGGCUCUGCUCCAGAGCAGCUCCAUCUCGGCUGCUGAUAAUGAAGGCGAGACCCCAGUAGGUAACAGCAUUGCUGUGGCCCAGCCCGAGGAUUUGGUGCUAGAGCAGCCAGAGAACGAUGAGGAUCAGCUUUUGGAUGGUGCCUCCGCUGCCGGACCUGCCGCCGCUGCUCCUGCUGCCCCUGCCCUGCGCCGACUUUCUGCCGAUGAACUGCUCCGCUCUGGAGUCCGCAACUCUGCCCAGCAGCAGCAGACCAGCGUUGAGGAGAUCCCCCUGCUCCUGUACUCCGCCAACGAGGGCUCCUCCGUCGGACACCACGGCGGAAACUCAGGACGCCGCUUCGUGGCUGCCGCUCCAGCGCUGCGUCGUCGCCAGCAGUUCUACAACUAGGAUCCUUUAAUCUAGACACCCACUUAUCCACCUUCUUCUAUACUCCUCCUCUCGAUGGCUGUAACAUGGGUUUCUCUACACCUACCACUACCACUGGCUAUUCUUUUUUUUUUUUUAGACUGAACUGAA